UGAGAUUCGUGCUGCUCCGGUCAAUUAAAAAGGGCUCAGAUUGACCUCCGGGCGAGGUCCCGAGGAGAAAAAAACAGGAAUGUUUCCUUUGCAAUGAAGAUUGCUAAUUGAAUACAGACGCAGUCAAUGGAGAAAAGCGAGUGAAUGACGAGACGAGAAGUUUCAGAAGCUGUUUUCCCAUGGUGCCUUGCUUUGAUGCUGUUCCUGUUGCAGAGGCCUGUCUCUCACUGCUGCACUCAGCAUCUGCACCAUUGACGUGUUGAGCGAUGUUCUGUACUGAACCCCUUCACCUCACUGAUCUCUGAACACAACUCCGUACAUAUCUACUAGCCGAUGGGGUGAUUUUUUUCCCCUCCUGGCAAAAGAAAGCCGGCUUUGUUGUAGGAAGGAACUGGAUCCCCAGGUGGACCGAUCAAGUCGUGAAAACUUUUCAAAUCUGUAUCCGGAUACAGACCCCGGACAGUCCAAACACUUCUUCAGCCGUCGAGUAAAGUUCUGAAGGUGAAGCAGCAUGGCACGGAUGAACAGACCGGCUCCGGUGGAGGUGUGCUAUAAGAACAUGAGGUUUCUCAUCACACACAAUCCCACCAACUCCACCCUCAACAGCUUUAAAGAGGACCUGAAGAAGUAUGGUGCUACAACACUGGUGCGUGUGUGUGAGGUGACCUACGACAAAACGCCCCUGGAGAAGGACGGCAUCACCGUUGUGGAUUGGCCGUUUGAUGACGGAGCUCCUCCUCCCUCCAAGGUGGUGGAGGACUGGCUGAGCCUCCUCAGGAGACGCUUCAUGGAGGAACCAGGCUGCUGCGUGGCUGUGCACUGUGUCGCAGGCCUCGGCAGGGCUCCGGUACUGGUGGCUUUGGCUCUCAUUGAGUGUGGGAUGAAGUAUGAAGAUGCGAUCCAGUUCAUCAGACAGAAGCGGCGUGGCGCGAUAAACAGCAAACAGCUGACCUAUCUGGAGAAGUACAGACCCAAACAGAGACUGCGCUACAAACACUCACACAUCUUCAAGAGCAAGUGCUGCAUCAUGUGACCUGAACCAAACCGAGCCGAACUCGAACUCCUCAGACCGGGGUGCUCUUCACUGAACUGCUGCUUAAGCAGAACCCCAUUUGGUCUGAUCGCAUCCUUGCUGGUGCCUAAACUUCAGCACUCUCGUUGCAGAGUGAACACUGCCACGCCUCUCACAGAGGUCCAAGGUCACCACAGGGUCUGUAAGGUACACCAAAGAAGGUGACCUUUGACUGAUUGACCAGCUGAUAUGGAGCCAAGGGGAAUGAUGGGAAACUUUUCUUUUUUUUUUUUUGCCUGCCUGCCUGCCCACUUUCUUUAUCUGUGAAGUCUCAGGUCAUGUCAUUACUUAGCCAUAUCUGCUCAAAGUCGCCUCCGAUACUGCCGCUUACUCUCUAAUUUCCCUGUGAUGCUGAGGCAUAUCGUGAGUGAGCUCAGCGAAGAUUUAUAGUAGGGCUCCAACGCAAACUUCUUUGGCCUAAAAUUUUGCAGCUUCUGCGAGACCGAUGGCGGCAUGAGGAAUAAACCAAGGCUUUUAUGAACUCUGCGAUAUAGGUGUAUGUGAGACUUUCUGUUUUUAUUCCACUCCUGCCAUUAUUAUUAUUAUUAUUAUUAUUAUUAUUAUAAUGAUAAUUAUUGUACUCCUUGUUUUCUACACAUCCAUCAUGUUUUAAUAAUUAACUAGCUGGAUCUGUUCCCCCCACCCCAAAAAAAAAUAAACAGAGUGUAUGUAGGAAGCAUGUAGCGCACCACCACCUGAGCAGUCUGCUGAGCUUCCUGUGUGCUCCUGCAUUAAUGAAGAUGACUUGUGUCCUUGGGAAAUAAUCUGUUUUCUCAUCUGUAUUGUAGAAAUGCAUUUUGGUUUUAAAAACUUUUGUAUAAACAUACGAUUCCAAGGCGCAGUUUGGAACUGUAAGCUCGCUUACAUUUAAAUAAAAAUAAUCAAAACCAAAUUAGGAAUAGCGAAUUAAAUACCAAAUUCAUUGUUUUGUUACCAGUGAGCAGAUUUGACGGCUACAAUAUAUUUUUUUCCUCAUCAAAUUAUGACUAGUAUGCGCCGACGAAUUAAGCAGUAUUGCACAAGCAAGAGUGCUGUUUUAUAGAACAGUCCCACUCAGUCCUGUAAGUGCAGAGGGUUUGAAUGUAACUCUUGUUAGAAAUGUACUGAUAUCACAGUGCUGUUACUCUGAAUCUUAAUUAUCCAAACAGAUUCAAGCACCCAAAGUAAUUGUUGGACACGUGCUUAAAAAAAACCAGGCGAGUGCUCCACCAUAGUGAUGACACCGCGGUGAAUCAUGGGACUCUCGUUGGCAAGUCACCAAUCAAUACGUCCUAAGCUUUUGUGGAGGAUCAACAACACAUCCUUUUUUUUUUUUUAUUGCUCUUGGUACUUGUAUUCUUGAUUAGUGGAAUGUUACUUGGCCGUUAAAAGAUGACCUCAGCCAUGGACGCAGAAAAGAAAAACGUAUUGAGAAACACCCAUGGCCUUUCUUUUGUUGUUGGAGUUUCUUAUCUGACUGCCAGUUCCUCCACCACCCUCUACUCGGCAUCAUCACACACUCUUCAUAUGAUGUAUAAUUCUCCUUUUAAGCGCCAAGAUGACUCCACGCAGAUGUCACUUUAAUGUGUUUCAAUGUACAACUGAAACAUCUUCAGAAGAUUUUUUUCCAAACCUCAGAUGCACACGCAGCCCUAAACGAGAGCUCGUGAUCCGUUUUAAGACCUCUCUCUCUUUCUGCUUUUGAACACAUACCUCCUGCUGUACAGAGAUGCUUAUGAUAAUAAUAAAGGCUGAUUAUGAAUCAUUCAGUCGUACUUGGUGUAAUAUGAGAUGAGCGCAUCAUCCGCACCGUGUGUGAGUGAAGACAUGACUAAUGCACACUCUGGACCUGCCAACUCAUCACUUCGACAACCACUACAGAGUCGGAGAAGCGAGUGUGUGAAAGUGCUGCCCUCUGCCUGACGAAACUCAAAACACACACACACGCACACACACACUUGCACAGUUUAAACCCAUUCUCCUGCAUGAUUAUUUGAUCAGUUAUGCAAAUUCAUGCUUAUUUGGUAACAUAAGACAAAAAUCUACUGAUCCCAAAAGAUUUUUAUGCUCAAAGCAAUACAAAUGAAUAUGACAAUUAGUAGAUAAAGGUAAAAUACACUACCGCUCAAAAGUUUGGGUUCACUUGCCGAUUACAGCUACGAAGGAAGACUCCAUCAGCCAAUCCAUCUUGUGGGAGAUGCUCCAGGAAGCAUGAGGUGAAAUCUCAUCAGAUUAUCUUGGAAAAAUUGACCGCUAGAACGUCCAGGCUGUAAUUGCUGCAAAAGGUGUUUUUUUUUGAAGAAGAAGAAGAAGGCAAAGUUUGAAGAAAACAUUCCCAUCAUUUCCAUCAAAAUCAUUAUUUCUAACCCUGACAUGUCAGCAUGUCCUGUUCUUUUGCUAUAUUUUCUAUUCAGACUAAUUUUGUGUGUGUUUCCUUGGAAAACAAUACAAUUUUUGAGUGAUCCCUAACUUUUGCGCGGUAGAGUAGAUCCUUCUUAAAUAAACUGUUCUAACCAUCGUUUUCAUUUUAGUGAAUUGAAUAUAUUUUGGUUUUCAUAAAGGCUGUUGACUUUCAGCCUCCGAAAAUAGGAAGCUUCACAGAUUCUUAGAUCUUUUUCUGAAUUUUGCAAACAUAUUUUCCAAAAAAUGCUGCGAUGAGGUGACUUACUGAUGAACAUAGUAAUAAAUUGUUUAAUAAAGAUACAUAUUAUUAUUAUUAUUAUUAUUAUUAUUAGUUUUUUAUCAUCAAAAUGGAAAGUGGCAGUUCUACAAUAAUGAUAUUUUCUUUAUUUUAACAUAAAAUCCACAAAAAUCUGAUUCACGGUAAUAUCAGAACAUCAAAGUUAAUAAACUGUUAUUACCGUUAAUAAACUGAUCAAUUUAUCUGGUUAUUGAAUGUUUUAGAACUGAGACACUUCUUAUUUAGG